ACUAUAACCUGGAAGCUGUGCUGCCAAGCCUGGUGGCCCCCCUUUGCCCCCUCCGUGUUCCCGGAGAGGAAGUGGGGUGCCAGCUGGGGUGGGGCAAUGCAACGGCCUCCUUGUGGGGCUAUAAGAGAGCCUGGUGGGUACCGUGUGGGCACAGAAACCUCGGAGAGCCCAGGACCACCAUGGCCUGCGUCCCCCCACCCUGUGGCUCUGCUCUCAUGUCUGUGCUACUGGCCUUGCUAUUAAGCGGCCCCACACUGGCCUCGGAGAUAGUGGGUGGCCGGCCCGCCCGGCCCCACGCUUGGCCCUUCAUGGUGUCCCUGCAGCAGCGCAGGGGCCACUUCUGCGGGGGGACCCUGAUUGCCCCCAACUUCGUCCUGACCGCGGCGCACUGCGUGAGCGGCAAGAACUUCCGGUUGGUGUCUGCUGUGCUGGGCGCCCACAACCUGCGGCAGAUGGAGCGCACCACGCGGCAGACUUUCGGGGUGCAGCGCGUGUUCGAGAAUGGCUUCGACCCCACGCGCCUGCUGAACGACAUCGUGGUUCUCCAGCUCAAUGGGUCGGCCACCAUCAAUGCCAACGUGCAGGUAGCGAGGCUGCCAGCUCAGGGCCAAGGCGUGGGCAACGGGACACGGUGCCUGGCCAUGGGCUGGGGCAGGCUGGGCACCAACCAGCCAGCGCCCAGUAUCCUGCAGGAACUCAACGUGACCGUGGUGACGUCUCAGUGUCGACGCCGCGUAAACGUGUGCACAAUUGUUCCACGCCGGCGGGCUGGCAUCUGCUUUGGGGACUCCGGAGGGCCCCUGGUCUGCAACGGGCUGGUCCAAGGCAUCGACUCCUUCAUCCGGGGCAGCUGCGGCUCUGGCAUCUACCCUGAUGCCUUUGCACCAGUGGCAGAGUUUGCCAACUGGAUUAACUCCAUUAUUCGACGCCAGGACCACCUCCCCCUUCCCCACCCCAGGGACCCAGCAAGCAGGAUCUACUAGGGAAGGCCACCUUGACCAACUCGCUUCAGCUACCUGGGAGGCCCUUUUCUGUUGCUGAACAAUAAAAGCGCCCAAUAUUUUGUAGAUCGUGUGUCUGGUGAGCUUUAUUGGUGCAAAUGAACCUUGAGAAGUCAGUAGUGAGUGCAGUCUCUCUUGAGUACACCGCCACCUAGUGGCAGCAACAACAAGGCAUU